AUGGGCCCUGACUACUGUGGCCCCGAGAACUGCGUCUCGUCGUGCAACCAAAAAUCCGAAUGCGACCCUGGCGACUGGGGGACCGAGUACGCAAACGCUACCACGUGCCCUUUGAAUGUCUGCUGCAGCAAAUACGGCUUCUGUGGAACAACCGAGGAGUUUUGUGGAAGUAAGAAGGUCAAGAGGCCAAGCUGCAAAAGCAAUCGGUCCACGCAACGCGUGGUAGGGUAUUAUGAAGGAUGGGCUCCGGGAAGGGUCUGCAAUAUAUUGUGGCCGGAGCAGAUUCCACUGGGAAUAUACACGCAUCUUAACUACGCCUUUGCUACCAUUGAUCCGGACACGUUCGAAGUCAUGCCGCCUAAUCGGCGCGAGGCACACCUUAUGACCAGUCUCACUGACUUGAAAUUACACGAUCCGCAUCUUCGAGUUAACAUUGCUAUUGGGGGCUGGAGCUUUAGCAAUCCCGGUCCAACAGCAACUACAUUCUCUGACCUUGCUGCAUCUGAAGCCAACCAGAGGAAGUUCUUCAAGUCCUUGGUCUCGUUCAUGGCGACGUAUGGCUUUGACGGCGUGGACAUUGACUGGGAAUAUCCCGCAGCGAAUGAUCGCAAUGGUCGGGCGGAAGAUUAUGCCAACUUUCCCAAGUUCAUGGCCAACCUCAAGAAGGUCCUGCAGGGUACUGGUGGUCGGAGCGAGAUUAGCAUGACUCUGCCUACAUCGUACUGGUAUCUGCGGCAUUUUGACAUCUACGAGCUGGCCAAGCAUGUCGAUUAUUUCAACUACAUGUCCUACGACCUUCAUGGCGCAUGGGACCGAGGAACCAAAUGGACUGGAGCCUUUCUGGGCAGUCAUACCAACUUGACCGAGGUAAGGGAUGUGAUGGAUCUGCUCUGGCGCAACAAUAUAAGCCCUCACCAGGUAGUCCUUGGAAUGGCAUUCUACGGACGCACAUUUACCCUAGCGGAUCCAGCUUGCAGUAAUCCGUAUGAAUCUAGCGAGCCCGGUUGUUUAGUUGCAUCUGGCGGCGAGACAGGAGACUGUAGUCUCCAGACAGGCAUCCUCCUGAACAGCGAACUUGACGAGAUUCGCGUCAAACGUGGCGUCUCUCCAAGGCUUGAUGAAAAGGCCGCAGUUCAGGUACUCGCAUGGGAUGAUCAAUGGGUCACUUACGAUGAUGAGAAAACGUUCCGACUCAAGAUUGACUUUGCCAGAGACUUUUGUCUUGGUGGUGUCAUGGUGUGGGCCGUCAGCCAUGACACAUCCAGUGGGAAAUAUUCGAGGAUGCUUGGUUCGGAGAUGGAGGCAGGUAUCGAAACACCAAUCUUCAAGACGACGAUCCGUCUAGCGGGAGAGGAAUCGGACGGUAGUCGUACUGGCGAAGAAGAAGCGGAGUAG